CACAGUGUGCUGAAGGAAAAUGAGCUCCACACAAGACCUUGACUAUCUUCAGAUCUUAUUUCAAUACAACAAUGGGUUUUUAGUCUCAAAGAUUAUGUUUUCCGCCUGUGAAUUGGGAGUGUUUGAUCUAUUGCUGGAGUCAGAAGGGCCCCUGUCUUCAGAUGCCAUUGCUGAACGUUUGGGCACCAGCGCCAGUGGAAUGGAACGGUUACUUGAUGCCUGUGUGGGAUUAAAGCUCCUGGGAGUCGAAAUGAAAAGUGAAGGAGCCUUUUACAGGAACACAGAGCUUUCCAACCUCUAUCUUACAAAAUCAAGUCCUAAGUCUCAGUAUCAUAAUUUGAUGUACUACUCCAAAACCAUCUAUUUGUGCUGGCAGUACCUGACAGAUGCUGUGAGAGAUGGAAAAAACCAGUAUGAGCGAGCAUUUGGUAUUUCAUCAGACGACAUCUUUGGGGCUCUCUACAGAUCAGAAGAAGAGAUGAUCAAAUUCAUGUAUGGUUUAAAUGCAAUUUGGAGUAUUUGUGGCAGAGAUGUGAUUGCUGCAUUUGACCUUUCAGCUUUCACGGUCAUUUAUGAUCUGGGAGGAUGUGCAGGUGGUUUGGCCCAGGAAUGUAUUUCUUUGUACCCAAAUUCUACAGUCACAAUUUAUGACCUACCUAAAGUAGUGCAAGUGGCAAAGGAGCAUUUUGUACCCCCAGAAGAACGUCGGAUCACUUUCCAUGAAGGAGAUUUUUUUAAAGAUCCAAUUCCAGAAGCUGACCUGUACAUUUUGGCUAGGACCCUGCAUGACUGGGCAGAAGACAAGUGUAUGCAGCUACUAGCAAAAAUCCACAAGGCUUGCAAGCCUGGGGGCGGAGUGCUGCUGGUUGAAACACUUCUGAAUGAAGACAAAACUGGGCCUUUAGAAGCCCAGCUCUUCUCUCUGGUGAUGUUGGUUCAGACUGAAGGAAAAGAACGAACGCCAGCCCAGUACAGCAAGCUCCUCACUGCAGCUGGUUUCAGAGAGAUUCAAGUCAAGAAAACAGGAAAGCUUUAUGAUGCCAUUUUAGGAAGAAAAUAAUUCUGUCUCCUCUUUCUUGUCUAUUGUUAGAUGUAUGAAUGCAGGGAGGUGAUCAGCUUUUACUAGACCCCGCUCAUAGUUAACCUUGUCACUUCUUUUUUUACAACAAUACACUGUUAGACCUUUAACUCCUUAUGUAGGUUGAGCCUACAUGCAGGCCACAUGCAGCUCUUUUACAGUAAAGUGCAGCUCGUGUUACCCCUGCCCCCCCCCCCCGCCCCACCUACCAGACCCACCUGCAACUCCCAGGUGUUAGCAGGGAGGGGCCCUGCUUUAGCUCUGUGGGGAGAGACAGCAGCAAAAGCAGUGGCUCUCCCUGCAGCUCCCAGCUGUUCGCUGCUGCCUCUCCCAUGGCUGCAGCUACCAGCAUGCUGGCUCCAGCAGCUGUCAUGCGGAGGGGAGCCCUGGCGACACCAUGUGACUGAGUGGGGCCAGCAAACC